UAUCUCUAUAAGACUAAAAUUAAUAAUGAUUACAAAGUAGCUUUAAAUCUUAACCCUGUAAGGGAUUAUGUAUGACACUAGGAUCAAAACCAAGAGUUCAUUUGUUUAUUUUGCUUUGUGCCUCUCAGCAGGUCUCUGCCAUGGGUGACAGGGAAACAAGCAAUCACUCAGAAGUGACUGACUUCAUUCUUGUAGGCUUCAGGGUCUGCCCAGAGCUGCAUAUGCUCCUCUUCCUGCUGUUUCUGCUUGUAUAUGCCAUGAUCCUUCUAGGGAACUUUGGGAUGAUGGUCAUUAUCAUGACUGAUCCCCAGCUGAACACACCAAUGUAUUUCUUCCUAGGCAACCUCUCCUUCAUUGAUCUCUUCUAUUCAUCUGUGAUUGCACCCAAGGCUAUGAUCAACUUCUGGUCUGAGAGCAAGUCUAUCUUCUUUGCAGGCUGUGUGACUCAGCUCUUUCUCUUUGCCCUCUUUAUUGUGACUGAGGGAUUUCUCCUGGCAGCCAUGGCUUAUGACCGCUUCAUUGCCAUCUGCAAUCCACUCCUCUACUCUGUUCAGAUGUCAACACGUCUCUGCACUCAGUUGGUGGCUGGUUCCUAUUUCUGUGGCUGCAUCAGUUCAGUUCUUCUGACCAGCAUGACUUUCACCUUGCCCUUUUGUGCUUCUCGAGCCAUUGACCAUUUCUACUGUGAUAGUCGCCCACUUCAGAGGAUUUUGUGUUCUGAUCUCUCUUUCUAUAAAAUGGUGUUUUUUUCUUUAUCCAGCAGCAUCGUCUUGCCUACCAUCAUAGUCAUUAUUGUUUCUUACAUGUAUAUUGUGUCUGCAGUUCUCAAGAUUCGCUCUACUGAGGGACGUAAGAAGGCCUUGUCCACUUGCAGCUCUCACCUGGGAGUUGUGAGUGUGCUGUAUGGUGCUGUCUUUUUUAUGUAUCUCACUCCUGACAGAUUUCCUGAGCUGAGUAAGGUGGCCUCUUUAUGUUACACCCUAGUCACCCCUGUGUUGAAUCCUUUGAUUUACUCUCUGAGAAACAAAGAUGUCAAAGAAGUUCUGAGAAAGAUCCUGAAGAAAAAAAUAGUUGUAUUUAAUUCUUUUUUAACAGUGAUAUAG